AUGCUUAAAUGUUCUGACAUGGUUAAAACAAAUAAAAAGUGCUUAUAUUUUGCAUUUUCCUGUCCGUUUAUUAUAUCUUCGUUUUGUUUAUUUUCGGACAGAAAUUUGGUCAUAAGCGAAAAAGCGAAAAAAAAAACUCGUCAGUCUAAUUUUGGUCACACUAGCAAACAUUUGGUGAAUUCAUUAGUAAAAUUUCAAAAAAUUUCAACUUAUUCAAAUUUUGGCACCGUGUUAAUGUUAUCAAAAUCAGCCCCUGCUCAUUAUCAUACAUGCCAAACCACAGACACUACGGACAAUAAGAUGCCAACACUGCCAACCCACAGCGCAAAUAUCAGUUGCAAUUGGAACAUCAUCAAUAGUGACAACCCUAACAACAACAUCAACAACACCAACAACAACAACAGCAUCAACAAUAACAACAACAACAACAACAGUGCCAACACUGUAGAUACCAACGCCAAAACCCACAGCGCAAAUAUCACUUGCAAAUGGAACAUCAUCACAAGAAGCGAGAAGAACCACAGCGAUGAUAAUAAUAAUAACGUUAACAAUAAUAAUAAUAAUAACGUUGUUGAUGACUCGACAUCACUUGGUGGAUUGUUGCUGCUGCCGGUUUCCACUCCCUUAUACAAACUAACUCUGGCCAAAAACUUUCACUAA